CUGGUGCUGUUACAGAUUCGUGGGGAAAAUAUGGAAUUAUCAGAGAAACUGAUAUGUGGAGCAAGCGGCCAGAGUUUACUUCGUGGCUGGCUGAAGUAAAACAGGUGAACCUGGAAAGCCUUCCCAACUGGGAGGAGAAACAGUUAUUCAAAGAAUUUAUGGAGGAUCAUAACACAGCAACCUUCCCAUCUAAGAAAUACUAUGACCUUGAUGCAUAUUAUCAACGUCAAAUGGAAAAGGAAAAGAAGAAGCACCCAUAUAAGCUCUUGGACAAUGAACGUACCGUGUUUAAUGAUGAAGAACAACGCCGGCAAGAAUUACGUAGGGAACGUGAGAAGCAGAAAGAAGAACAAUUACAUGCAUUGAAGCUCUCCAUGCAAAGUGGAAUGGCACAAGCAAUGAAAGAACAAGCUCAACUAAAGGAGGAGAUGGCAUACCAGUACAAGCUUGGCAACUUUGAGGCUGCAGCUGCUAUACAAAGGCGUUUAGAUCCGGAUGUUGCCAUUUAGAGCUGGUGGUUUAGUCUUAGUGUGAUGUGGAUGGCGGACUGCAUGCUUGAGCUGGUUUGGCUUCUGCUUAUGUUUUAACUUUGACCCCUGGAAUGGUGGUGGGGAAACUGCAGUUUUCUUCUUUGCUCGCAUCCUCUUUUUUACAGUUUUGUACAUACCAUACAAAGUUCUGUUGGCCAAUAUUUUGUAAUUUUGUUAUAUUCACGUCAUAGCUAGUCUUGUCCCAAGAGAAUCAUCGCAAGACAGUCAUUUUUUCCUACUAUGCAAUAUGCAACUAUAAGCCAUCACAUAUUUCUCCGUCAAAAUGACUACUUUCUAUCU